AUGACUCGCUAUUUCUGCUGUGGAAACUACUUCCCAGGGUAUCCUUGCUAUGGAACCAACUUCCAUGGGACCUACAGAGCCACUCCCCUGAACUGUGUUGUGCCUCUGGGUUCUCCCUUGAACCAUGGCUGUGGAACCAUCUAUAGCUCCCGCAACUUCUGCUAUGGUGGUUUUAGUAACUACCAAAAUCCAGGCUGUUGCUAUGGCAGCAGCUUCUACAGGCCAUGGGGCUCUGGCUCUGGCUUCGGCUACAGCACCUAUUGA